AACUUGGAUUCGAUCAGUCGCGAGGCGAUCGUAUUCCCCGUCAGUUCAUUUAUCAAUAGCAUGUUGCGGUUGAUCUUUCUGCUGGUUUCGCUAGCCAGCAAUCUUGUUCUUGGCCAAGGCCCUGAUCCUGCGGUUCAAAAAGCGUGCACUCUAUUUAAACAAAAAGUUUUCGAGGAACGAGUGGCCAUUAGCUUCUUGUUUCCCAAUGCACCAAUCACAUGGGAGACGCUUGAUUCUUGCCAUGGAUCUCGGCCAUUAAUUGUGGAUGGAGAUCCGGCCGAGUCCAAGGAAUUUCCUCAUGCUGCUCGCCUUGGCCACCGGAAUGAGAAAAAUGAAACCAAAUGGUUCUGUGGUGGCACAUUGAUUAGCAAUCGUCUGGUUCUCACGGCUGCCCAUUGUUUCUAUACCGAAUUUGGAGCAGUCAAUGUCGUUCGAUUGGGAGAACUCUGGUUCGACACCGAUGAGGACGACGCCGAGCCGGAGGAUUUUGGUGUACUGCGCUCCAUAGAGCAUCCGGAAUUCAAGGAGCCGGCCCUUUAUAACGACAUCGCUAUGGUGCGUUUAGACCGUGCUGUUAACUUCAGCCUGUAUAAGCACCCCGCCUGUUUGCCAUUCGACGACGGAGAAAUCCACGAUAAGUUCAUUGCCAUAGGUUGGGGUCAGAAGGCGCUGGCCCAGGCAGAGUCCAAGAAGCUGCUAAAAGUGGAGCUGCGGAACUACCAUCAACGCUGUCUAGUCACUACGGAAAAGAACGAGGACCUGCCUGAAGGAUUCAAUGCCACCAGUCAAAUGUGCAUUGGAUCGCCCGAUAGCAAGGACACCUGCAACGGAGAUUCUGGAGGUCCGGUGCUAGUCUACCAUAAGGAUUUUCCAUGCAUGCAACAUGUAAUUGGGGUAACAUCCACGGGAAUAAGCUGCGAUACCCCGGAUGUGCCUAGUGUCUACACAAGGGUCAACCACUAUCUUAAGUGGAUCAAAGCGGAAAUGGCCAAAGUAACGUGAAUUUUGUAAUUAUUAUUACUAAGCGUAGAAUUCUUAGAAAAGAUUUAAUUACAAGCGUUUUAAAAAUAA